AGAAUAUCGUCCAAACUUCCAUCAAUCACUUAUAUGAUAAAUUGGACUUAAAUUCUGUACUUGAUACAUGGCCUAUAUUUUGUUCUAUUUAAUGUGAUAUGGGAUUCGCCGAAGUUUCACCUGGACAUAGGAAGGUAGGACAAAAAGGAUGGUACUGUGAAUGUGCAGAGAUACGAAAGGAUAUAGGCCUACUUGGAAAUGUAACUUCCGAUUCUGCAGUCAUAUUCCUUGUAAUCUAUGUCCUUGCAGUUUGAUAUUCAGAUACAUCGGUUGAUAAGAGCAUUUAAAGGUAUGUAACGUGAAGCAGCCAGGUGGAUCGGAUAAUUUAGACUGGAGUUAUACACUGAGUUCUCGAGGUCCUAAUUUCGGCUUCUAAGUUCGGCGCUGGUUUUUCUGGCAACUUGUCGGUGUUAACUCUAUCAAGUUUUCAUGAUCAUAAUUUGAGUGCCACAACCAACUUAUAAUUGCUUACAUGGUUGAUGGUGAGUUUAUUACUUUGGAGAUAACAGCGAUGGAUAUCAACCAAACUGAACUACAUGACGUAAACUAUGCAGGACGAGUUAUAAUCUCAAUCUAUUUCAUCUUGGUGGCGAUAUUUGGAUUCUUCGGAAAUUUGAUCAUAUUGGUCGUGCUUGUCAAGAUUCCCAAGAUGCGGAGUCACACCAACAUCUUCAUCGGUAGUCUUGCUGUCAGUGACCUGACUACUUGUCUGAUGCUACCCUUCCUAGCGGCGGGUAUCCUUUCCAAGACAGGAUGGCCGAUGCCGAACUGGAUGUGCAUCAUCAACGCUAUUGUCCGUUUCACCAGCCAAGGUAGUAGCGUGUGGAACUUGGUCGCCAUCGCCGUCAACCGCCUUGUCCUCGUGACGAUGUCGGCACGCCUAUAUCGAGUUCUCUACCAAACCUCGACCAUCAUUGUCAACAUCGCAUUCGUAUGGUUGUUCCCACUUUCGUGCGUCAUCAUACCUUACCUCACAGGUGACAUCGUCAUUGGUUUCGAUAAAGGUCCCAAUAUCUGCAGCGAUACGGACUUCGACAGUAAUGGGAACCCAGCUCACACAUUCGUCUACAUUCAAGGACUCGUCCUAUCUUGCAUACCUCUUGUUAUAGUCGUCGUAUGUUACAUCCGUAUUUACGUCUUCGUCCGAUUACACAUUCGACGUCAGAACAAAACGGCCACGAGUAUGAUGUCGAUGGUUGCUCGAAGACCAACACGGCCAGAGCCAAGCUCAAUGACAUCAUCCGAGCUGAAGACGGAGAGUGAAACGAAUGAUGGAAAAACAGCGAAAAAGAGUCAGAUUGGUGGACUCAAAAGCAGGUUGAAAAAGAUUUCCCUUCGGCGCAAUUACAGCCAACUGGAAUCUCGCAUCACCAAGAACUGUUUCUACGUGUUCUUGGGAUUCCUCAUCUGCAUCAUACCCUACGGAAUUUGCAUCCUUGCGGACAUCGGGUUUGACGGCGCCCCACUGGCAAUGAUCUUCCUCGUCUCCAGUACAUGUCUAAACCCUAUCAUUUACGGGACCAAGCAUCCACUCUUCAAAUCUGCUAUGUGGAAUAUUCUCACUGCCAGAUUUAGUAGGGAUUCAAAUAUCCCUGAUGCAAGUGCUUUCCAUAGUGCGACAAGGCAAAAUGAGAAUGGUACAACCACUCCUGUGUCUCUUAGCUGCGAAAGAACUCUCGAUAAUUCACAGGACUUAGCAGUGUAA